UCCCACAGCAAAAUCCCAAUUACAACUAUAUCUAUAUACAUAGACAUAGGGGUAUCUAUAGAUUAGCAAAUUAAAAGUGGAAAGACCAAAGAAUUGAUCUUUGGAAAUUAAUUAGCGAGUAUGAGGGGGUUGAUCAAGAACCAGCAGAUUUCAAUUUACUUGUUCUUUCUCCUCCUUGUAGUUGCUGCUACAUUGCAGGCGGAUAUCGCAGAAUAUGACGCCUAUUUGAAGAAGAAAGCCGAUGAAGCCUUGCAAUCGUCCCUGCAGGCUUACUACGACAAUCCUGAGGAAGUCACAGAUGAUUUUAAUGCGGAAGUUGGACAUACGAUAAUGAAUUGGACCACUACGAGAAGGCACCUUAAAGAAAAAAGGGGAAGCCAUUGCAAGGCAACAAACCCCAUAGACAGAUGCUGGAGGUGCGAUCGGAACUGGGCAAAGAACAGAAAGAGGCUAGCGCUCUGCGCCCGCGGCUUCGGGCGUGGCACCACGGGGGGAAUAAAAGGCCGAUUUUACGUGGUAACCGAUUCAUCUGAUAACGAUCUGGAGAAUCCCAGGCCAGGAACGCUUCGAUACGCAGUGAUUCAAGAAGAGCCACUUUGGAUCAUCUUCAAGAAAUCAAUGGUAAUAACACUUAAGCAGGAGCUGAUUAUAAAUCACGACAAAACCAUUGAUGGGCGAGGGGUGUCUGUGCACAUUGCGUAUGGUGCUGGGUUGACCAUACAGUUUGUGAGGAAUGUGAUCAUCCAUGGCAUUAAGAUUCACCACAUUUUGCCCAAAAUGGGUGGGAUGAUUAGGGACUCUGUGAAUCAUAUUGGGCUCAGGACGAUGAGCGAUGGAGAUGGGAUCUCCGUCUUUGGGUCUAACCAUGUCUGGCUUGACCAUCUCACCAUGUCCAAAUGCAGUGAUGGACUCAUCGACGCAAUCAUGGCUUCCACUGCUAUCACCAUCUCAAACUGCAAAUUCAAUCACCACGACCACGUGCUGCUGUUGGGUGCGAGUGACUCGUUUUCAGAAGACGCCAUCAUGCAAGUGACAGUGGCAUUCAAUCGGUUUGGGAAGGGCUUGGUUCAGAGGAUGCCAAGGUGCCGAUGGGGGUUCUUCCAUAUCGUCAACAACGACUAUUAUAAGUGGGGAAUGUAUGCCAUUGGAGGUAGCUCCAGACCCACCAUUGUGAGCCAGGGCAACAGGUUCAAGGCCUCCAGCAAUCCAUUCACUAAGCAAGUAACCAAGAGGGAAAUCGUUCCAAAAAAUGUGUGGGGAAACUGGCAAUGGAGAUCAGAGGGGGAUUUGUUCUUGAAUGGAGCCUACUUUGUAGAGUCGGGGAAAGAUCUCAACCGCAACAACACUCGUUUCAACAACACUAACAGAAUCAAACACAAGCCCGGCUCGUAUGUUGGGCGUCUCACUCGAACUUCUGGCGCACUAAAGUGCAAGGCUUAUUCAAAAGAAAAAUACUACUGAACUCCCAAGUUCUACUCCCUAUUUUUAUUCUUUUGGUACGAGUUAUAUUAUAUGGACUCUCAAAUCUUACUCCCUGAUGUGGCGAGCACUGAUAAUCUAUUUUUUUUUUUUUCAUGUGGAUCCAAUACAAGUGUUUAUAUCAAGAUUUUGUGUGAGGGAGUAGAAAACGAGAGUACAUAUAGUAUUUUCUCCUUUGUAUAUGUGAAAGAUAAACUAUCAUAUCUUAUCACGUCAGGAAGUAAAAGUGAUUGAGUAGAGAAUGGUAGUGCAUGUAAUAGAACUAUAUUCAAAAGAGAGAUAUAUGACAUCUUCUCAAUUCCUCAAAAAGAAAAAUACUAGAUGGCCUCUCAUUUCUUAUUCUCAAUCCCUACU